AUGCGCCUUCAUGGCUCACAGAUAUCCUCCUUGAACCUGUGUUGCCGGCGAGGGGCAAAGACGCGGUCAACAGUGAAGCUCAAGGAUUUGCCGCAGGGUGUUUUGAAACUAGAACCCUAUAACGAUGGGGCGGACGAAUUGCCCCAGUAUCCCACGGUCCUACAAGGACACCGGAACAAUAUGCAAAAGUUCAAGAACUGCGUCAUCUUGACCCGGGUGGGUGGUUUUUAUGAGCUGUAUUUCGAACAAGCUGAAGAGCUCGCUCCGCUGCUUAAUCUAAAGCUUGCCUCCAAGAAGAUCAACAAGGGAUCCGUUCCGAUGGCAGGCUUUCCGUUUUUUCAGCUUGAUCGGUUUUUGAAGAUUCUCGUUCAGGAUCUGAAUAAAUAUGUUGCUAUCAGCGAAGAAUUUGCCAUUCAGCCGGAAGACAAACCGCGGUUGGGAGGUGUGAUGUUCGAUCGAAAGGUGGCAAGGAUCGUUACGCCAGGGACCCUCAUCGACGAGAAAUUCAUGGAUACAUCCGAGAAUAAUUUCCUUCUAUCAAUCUGGGUGGAUAUCAAGUCUCUUCAAAACCAGCUGGAUCAGCAGGAAGCAAAAUCAUUGCAGCAUGUAUUCGCGUCGACGUCUCAGAAGGUAGGUCUAGCCUGGCUAGACCUCUCAACCGGCGACUUCUACACGCAGCACACAACCACUCAGAUGCUCCCAUCUGCAAUUGCACGAGUUGGCGCCCGCGAGAUCUUGGUCGACCAGGAUGUUCGAGAUUCGAUUGGCCUCGAGCUACAGCAGCUCGUCGGGCCCGAUCAUCAGCUCGUAACAUUCUUUGAUUUCCCAAAGAAGAUCGCAUCGAUGGCAGAAUGGACUCCCAUGUUGGAGGCACCUCUGCCAUCUGAAACCAUUGCCUCCUUUCCACCCGAAGAAGUCGCUGCUGGGUAUAGUCUCUUAGAAUACAUUCGGGUCCAGCUGCAGGGCUUAAAACUAAAACUUCAACCGCCUUGCCGUCGGCAGUUGGAUGAAUCCAUGGUCAUCGACCGGAACAGCCUCAGAGGGCUAGAGAUUUUGGAGACCGCUCGCGAUGGUUUCGGCAAAGGAAGUCUUCUUCACGCGGUACGACGAACCUCGACGAAGAGCGGGGCUCGUCUGCUAAGAGAUCGUCUCACCUCUCCAUCCACUUCAAUGGCGGUGAUCAAUGAGCGCCUUGAUCUCGUGUCGGUUUUUUUUAAAGACCAUCAUCUGCGAAACGACGUUAUCGAACUCCUCAAACGAAGUUAUGAUGCCCAGCGUCUCGUCCAGAAGUUCACACUGGGCAAGGGUGACCCAGAUGAUUUGCUUUGUCUGUCGAGAGCGAUAAAUGCUUCCAAAGAGAUCAAGAGGGUGCUAUCAGCCACUGGCCAUGAUAUGUCUGGCUUCGAGCGCAGCCUCAUGUCUAUGGCCAAUCGAAUUUAUCUGGAUGGGCCUGUGAUACUGGCGGAGAAGAUUCUGGCAGCCAUCGAUGAAGAGGGUUUGCUGCAAAAACAGCGCAUGGAGGACACCACUGCCGCUGAGGUGGCAAGCUUAGCCCAGCAGGUUGUGGUCAACGAAGCUUUACCGGAGGAAAUAGAUAUCCUACCCAAAAAAGCACAAGCCAAGGGUGCAUACCGCUCAAAAGCAGAUAUGCAACCUGAUGUUUCAGGUGUCGAUACUUGGAUUAUGAGACGACAUGCUACGCCUAAACUAUGCCGUAUCCAUCAAGAACUAGGCGACCUUUUGAAAGAACAGUCCGAUUUGACCGACCGUCUCCGAGAGUCUGUUGGCUCUUCGUCGCUUACCCUGAAAUGGACACCUGGUCUAGGACACAUCUGCCAUGUAAAAGGUGGGAAGAUUUCUCAGGACGCACUUGAACAAGUGGGCGUCACACGGACCUUGUCAUCGACCAAAUCGACACGUUCAUAUUACCUCCCACAGUGGACCAAGCUUGGCCAAAACAUCGACCAGGUCAAGCUGAAGAUCCGUCAAGAGGAACAACAAAUAUUUGAAGACCUCCGUCGGGCCGUCAUUCUGAAUCUGGUCAAAAUCCGACGCAAUGCUGCGGUGAUGGAUGAGCUGGAUGUCGCCUGUUCUUUUGCCAUUCUAGCUGAAGAACAGCAAAUGACUCGCCCACAGUUGACCAAAGGAAAUGGGUAUAAGAUAUUAGGCGGAAGACACCCCACCGUCAAACUGGGACUAGAAGAGCAAGGGCGAUCAUUUGUCACCAACGACUGCUUUUUGAACGACCAGGAGCGGAUUUGGCUCAUUACUGGCCCCAACAUGGCUGGAAAAAGUACCUUCUUGCGACAAAACGCAUUGAUAACGAUUCUCGCCCAGGUUGGCUCGUUCGUUCCUGCAGCAUAUGCGGAAAUUGGAGUCGUCGAUAAGAUCUUCAGCCGCAUUGGCGCUGCAGACGAUCUGUUCCGUGACCAGUCCACGUUCAUGGUGGAGAUGCUCGAGACAGCCACCAUUCUCAGGCAAGCGACACCGCGCUCCUUUGUGAUCAUGGACGAGGUAGGCCGAGGCACGACCCCGGAAGAUGGCACCGCUGUAAGCUUUGCUUGCCUUCAUCAUCUCCAUCAUCAUAAUCAAUGCCGUACGCUUUUCGCCACCCACUUCCAUGCCCUUGCGGACAUGACGGCGGACUUUGAACAUCUGGGUCGGUAUUGCACUGACGUGAAGGAGAUGCCGUCUGGAUCUUUCUCAUUCGUUCAUCGACUGCGCAAGGGUGUAAAUCGCAAUUCUCACGCUCUCAAAGUCGCCCAUCUUGCCGGUCUACCUGCCGAGGCCAUUGAGAUAGCAAGAAGCGUUCAGAAAGCCUUGAGAGCACAACAUUCGGGAUCCCCCGAACACUCUAUCCAUUGA